AUGUCUGGAUUCGGUAAUUCCAUUCGUCGUCUACCAGGGAAAGCUGCUACUGCACUGAGCGACCGCGUAGUGAGAGUGUUGGGCCAGAACCCAGGUAAAUUCACACUCCAAGGGACAAACACCUAUCUUAUCGGCGAGCGCAACCCCUACACGCUUAUCGACACCGGCGAAGGCAAAGAAGCUUAUAUCCCCCAGCUCGAAUCCGCUCUCUCCGACACCUGCAAAAUGUGGGAUGAGCGGAACACCCCUGCUCCGUUCAAGCCGCCCCGUAUCCACAAGUUCCCCCUUGUAAAUACGCCAUCUGGCUUUAAUACAACUAUCACACCUCCACCCCCGGGUACAUACACCCCUACCGCUAACGGUGCCUUCCUGCAUGACCUCACACACAGCCAGUUCCUCCCCAUAACAGGCUCCCCCUCGCCCAUGCAAGUCAUCCACGCCCCAGGACACACCUCCGACUCCAUCUGCCUCCACAUCCCUGACGACCGGGCCCUCUACACAGCCGACACCGUACUCGGCCAGGGAACAGCGGUAUUUGAGGACCUAGGGACAUAUAUCUCCUCCCUCCGCAAGCUCCUCGCAUUUCAAUCUGAUUAUACUGUUCUGUACCCUGGGCAUGGCCCUGUCGUCGCCGAGGGUCCUAAGCUCAUCGGUACAUGCAUUGCGCAUCGUAUGGAGAGAGAGGCGCAGAUUGCGAGCCCUUGGUCGACGUGGGGAAUUGUAUCCACGAUAUAUUCUGCGUACCCACAGAAUGUAUGGGAGCCUGCUGCGCGAAGCGUGGACCAGCAUCUGGGGAAGCUUCAAGCCGAGGGUAAGGUGAAGAAGCUUGGGGACGAGGGCAAGGACGUCGAGUGGGAGUUGCUAGCGAAGCUGUGA